AUGUUGAAAUUUUAUACUGGGCUUGAAGACUACACAAUCUUUAAAAGCAUUUUUGAUUCUUUUGGUUCUGCUGUAGAAAACCUGAUUUAUUAUGACUCUAACACCAACUCGGAGAGACUAACUAGCCAUCUUCAGGGAAAACGGGGAAGGAAAAGGACACUUACUGCAGAACAGGAAUUUUUUAUGGUUCUUACAAGGCUAAGAUGUGGUUUACUAGAGGAUGAUUUAGCUUGCAGAGUUGGAAUUUCAGCAUCCCAUGUUUCAGGAAUCUGCAUAACUUGGCAUGAUUUCUUACACACAAGAUUUAGAAGUCAUCCAAUAUGGCCCACAAGGUCAAUUGUAAAUGAGACAAUGCCUCAGAGCUUUAAGGAUUCCUACCCCCAAACCAGAGUCAUAAUAGAUUGCACCGAACUGUUUAUAGAAAUGCCAAGCUCCCUAAGAUCACAAAGCAAGACAUACUCAAAUUACAAACAUCAUAAUACUGCUAAGGGAUUAGUGGGCAUUGCACCAUCUGGAAUGAUUACAUUUGUUUCUGAUCUAUAUUCAGGAAGAACAAGUGAUAAGGAGGCUACUAGAGACUGUGGAAUACUUCCUUUACUUGAAGAGGGUGAUAGUAUUAUGGUGGAUAAGGGAUUUGACAUUGAGGAUAUUCUUCCAAAGAAUGUUUCUCUUAAUAUUCCACCAUUUCUGAGAGAGAAAGACCAUUUCUCACUAGAGGAGGAAACAGAAACGAGGCGGAUUGCAGCACUACGCAUACAUGUGGAACGGGCAAUUCGAAGAAUUAAAUGUUUUAGAAUUUUGAAAAUGGAAUUCCCAUUAUCAAUGGCAGCUGACUUAAACAAAAUAUGGGUAAUUUGUGCAUACCUUUGUAAUCUAAUGCCACCAAUCAUUGCAGAAAGUGAAUAG